UUUGCAUGUCGCAUGGUUUCCACAGCCACAAAGUGGCUACAUCGUAAAAAUUCAUGAGUUGUUAUGUUUGCUUUUUGGUAUUAAUUUAAAGUUAGGUUUAAGGUUAACAGUGUGGAAAAUGUAAGGGUCAAGGUUAGGGUUAAGUUUAAAUUCACAUUUGAAGAAGAUAAAUUGUAGAAAUAGUUGGUUUUUAUUGACUUUGUGGCUGUGGUAACUAGUAAUGACCAUGUCGCGUUGCGUGUGAAGUUGAAGGUGUGCAAUGGGAUUUCUCUGUGGAAUUAUCAAACAUAACCUCUGUCAAAUCUCUCUUUGAUAAAAUAGAAAACAGCAACAAGCAGAGGUUCAGGUUGGGGCACAUUUUGCCCUAUAUAGACUUUGAGUUGCAUAACAGAAGUUUGUCCUUGAAGCAGUGGUCAAUGAUCAUGCACAAUGGCAGUGCCCGUUAUCUCAUCUUCUUCCAAUACCUCGGGACAAAGUACAGUGGCGUUAUGAAGGCACCUCCACACCAAGUAGUCAAGGGUGUCCAGAACUACUUGGAGGAUGCGGUACGGAGUUUGAGGCCGGUGAAUGAGGUUUCUCUGUCCAUCUCCAGUCGGACAGACACCGGUGUCCACGCCCUGGGAAACUCCGCCCACUUCGACCUCCAGCGGCAGAACGGCAAGCCCCCAUUUGCUGAAGAGGUCCUGGUUGACGCCCUCAACUUCCACCUGAGGCCAGAACCAAUCAGAAUCACCCGUGCCUACCGGGUCCCCGGUGGGUUCCAUGCCCGUUUCCGCGCUGUGUCUCGGACGUACGUCUACCGGCUAGCCGCGGGCGUCACUCAUCACUCCUGCACGCCACUGCCCGAUGCUAACCUCUGCUGGGGAUUACGCCACAUUGAUCUGGAUGUUGGUGCGAUGCGCGAUGCUGCCGCCCUGCUGGUGGGGACCCAUAACUUCAGCUCCUUCAGAGCCCUGAACUCUGAGACACCGUUUAAAGACCCGGUAAAGACACUGGAGAUGGCCAGUCUGGAACUCGGAGACGCCUUUGCACACAAACACUUCCACAGGGAUAUUCAGUUCUGGGAGCUUACCUUCAAAAGCAGAUCCUUCCUCUACAAACAGGUGCGUAGGAUGACAGGGGCUCUGGUGGCAGUUGGCCAGGGACAGAUGUCUGUCUCUGGGGUGAAGGAAUUACUGGAGGCCCAGGACUCUCAGGCCUACCCACACAACCUCACAUCACCCCCAGAAGGACUCUUCCUCACCAGGGUAGAGUACCACCGGUCAGACCUGCAGCUUUACACUCAGGAGGAUUCACAGAGUUGACUGUGGUUUUAAUGACCUAGGCCCAAUCCCAAAUGGACCCCUAGACAUUACGCCCUACGCAUUUGUGGAGAUCUGAGAGGAUUUGAAAAGCAAUUUACUAAUACCUCCAAUUUGCCCCUCUGAUAGGCUAGGUCAGGGGUGUCAAACUAAAACCAUGGGGGGUCUAGUGUCUGCAGGUUUUAGUUUUCUAACACCUAGACACCCAGGAGAGGGGAGUCCCUUACUGAGAUCUAGACAACCAGGUGAGGGGUCCUUACUGAGACCUAGACACCCAGGUGAGGGGAGUUCCUUACUGAGAUCUAGACAACCAGGUGAGGGGAGUUCCUUACUGAGAUCUAGA